AUGGCAUGGCAUAGUAGUGUGAGGCUCGGUUGUGCAAUUCAGCGCUGUCCCCAGUUCUAUGUCGUCGUAUGUCAAUAUGGCCCAGGCGGAAACGUCAUUGGCGAAGCUAUCUACGAUGUGGGUCCCACAUGCUCACGAUGUCCUACUGGAACCAGUUGUGAGCAGGCAACAGGACUUUGUAGUACAAGUGCUUCUCCUACUCCAAGUGCUACCAAUACAGUAACGAUCCCACCUGCCACCAACACGAGAUAUGAUUGCUCCCUCGAAGCGGCAGCGAUUCGACACGCUCUGACAUGUGACGGUGAACUUUCGCCAUUAGAGUCUCGUCCAAAUGCAAAAGAGAACAUACAGAAGGUCAAUAAUCUUGCUUUGGACUAUACAGCGGCGGCAAAUCAGGCAAUGACAACCUGGUGGAGCGAGCUAGCACAGUCAUAUGUUCGAUCAGACAUGCUAUUUGACUCUGAGACUCGUCAUCGAACUUCCAACAUUGUCACUCAUUGGUCCAAGCAAGGUCUACAAGACCUCGGAAUAAAUCUCGGUGUACCUCAAACAAUCUUUUUCAAAAGAUGGCUUGGCACGACAAUGUACGUCUUGGCUGCGCCGUUCAACGCUGCCACACCUUCUACUUUGUAG